AUGAAUCCUGCGUUUGCAUCUCGGGUUAAUCCCGGUGGAUUUUCCUGGGCGACUCAGCAGAAUGAUCGUGAUUUGUUGACGGCAAAACUUUCACGUCAAUUUGGAGUUCAGGUGCCGUUCAUAGGGGAUAGAUUAGCUUCCAACUUUCACGGCUUCAUUAAAUUUCCACACGAGGACGUUUGUAUUCGGUUUUUUGAAUACUACUUUUCAACACUUGGGCAGCUGUUCUUCGUCAUCGACAAGGACGAUUUUUUUGCCAGGAACAAGGGUCAACUGAUCUCCCCAGAUAGAAAUGAUAGGUUGUUUUAUUUCCAGAAAGCAGCUAUUAUUGCUAUUGCGUCCCCUCUACACCCGGUGCCAGCCCCCUAUGUGGAAAGCCAUUUAUCUUACGCAAGAGAUCUGGCUUUAGCAGCUUGGCUACCUAUGCGUUCCAAAACGGUCGAUGACUUUCCGGCCGACGUGCUCAGAUAUCUCCAGACUCGCAUUCUGUCAUACCUUUCUAGAGUAAAUGUGGGCUGUAGCCUCCCCAGUCUAUAUUACGCAUCGCAAAAGGUGGUUAGAGACGCGGCUAAGAUAGCCAGAUCAAACCAGGCAAUCGAUGAAACACUCAAGUGGAAGCUGAUUGUUAUUGUUGCCUGUCUUCAUUUACAGAUUUCGCUGCUAACAAAUAUCCCUCCGGGAGAUGAUUGGGGGGUACCUACGAUUUCGCCUUGA